CCGCGCACGUCUAUGCAAAUUAACCCCAAACCCAACAAUGGUUGAAUCCUCGGCUUCCGCAAAGAACUGUGAAAGGAUUCUGCUUGAUGCGGGGAUUUAUGUCUCUACGGGAGCAUGACCAGUUACAAAUCCUACUACAAUGAGGGCGCCGAGGCCUCGGGGACGCCGGGCAGAGGGAGCGAUGUCGGCAGGGGAAUGGAUUAUUACCCACAAGGCUUUUGGUCACAGAACAGCAACGGCAUCCAGGCCCCUUCCCCUGGGGAUAUGUCAAGGGCUAACGCUUUCACCCCGGCGAUGCCGAAGAUGGGGGUGCGUGCCAGGAUUGCCGACUGGCCGCCAAAGAAGGAGGCCAUGAAAGAGACUCUGGGGUCCAACCCUUCGCGGGAAACGGAAGGUCGCGGUCAGCGGGGCUAUCAAAACGGGCCGCACUUUCAGAGUAACGGGGGCUCGCCUGGCUUCAGAGGUUUCCAUAAGUUGUCCCGGAAGAGGUCCAAAGAUGUGGAGUUCCUGGACGGUUGGCCAAGGUCGCCAGGGAGGACAUUUAUUCCGCUUCGAAAUAGAAGCAACAGUGAGAUAACACUCAGUGAGUGUGACAUGGAUGAAGCUCUGGAGCACCGAGGGGUGAAGCUUGGCAACGGAAUCCCUCUGUUUAGGGAAUACGGAAGCACUUCGUCUAUCAACGUCCAAGGAAUCUCGGACCAGAGCUUCUACGACAUCUUGAAGGACUUCAGGAACGAGAAGCCCGACGAGGACGCAAAGUCCCCCGAGGGAAGUGGGAUCCUCCGCGAGGACUCCAGCAUGGCUUCCAACCUCCACCUGGUGGGGAGCUCGAGGACGGACCUGCGCAACGGCCAGUGCCAGAAAGACGACGGCUCCCUGAAAGACAAGGAGAAGCUGCGAAAAAGGACCCCGAAAGGGGAGUCCAACGACUCGUCCAUCUUCCGCAAACUGAGGAGCAACAAGAGCGAGAACGACCCCGGGAGGUCUAUGGCGGAGCACGACGACGGCUUCAAGCCCUGGCUCUGCCCAAAGGCGUUUGCGCAUUACGACGUGCAGAGCAUGCUCUUCGACCUCAACGAGGUGGCCGCCAACCGGACGUACGUCGCCCAGCGGCGGAACACCACCACCGGCGCGUCGGCCGCCUCCGCCGUGUCCCUGGCCGUGUCCAGAGCCUACGGUCUGGGAAAUAUGGAUCCGAGCUUCGCCAGCACCGAAGACCUCAACGUCAAGGAGAACCUGGAGCACGAUGUGGGAGACAACAACAGCAACGACCUUCUCCUCAGCUGCCCCCACUUCAGAAACGAAACGGGGGGCAUGUGCGAGCGCAACGUCAGCUUCUCCAAGGCAUCCGCCGGCUCCCCCACCACGGGCGAGGGUGGCGUCUUGGAGCCGUCGCUCACCAUGUACUGUACCAACGCCAGCAUAUCUGUCCUAGAGGUGUCCAAGGAAAUGCAGAAGAGCCAAGGGCGGCUAAAACACUACAGCAUCGAGCACGUGGACUCCGGAGCGCAGUAUUACCAGGAAUACUUUCACAGUAAGGAGCACUGCAACUACUUCGGAGUGGACGAGAAGUUGGGUCCCGUGGCUGUGAGUCUGAAGAGGGAGAAAGUCGAAGAAAACAAGGAACAUGGCCCCCAAUACCAGUACAGGAUCAUCUUUAGGACCAGCGAGCUGGUGACGCUCAGAGGGAUGAUCCAGGAGGACGCGGUGCCAUCGGCGGCCAAGCACGGCACGGUCCGGGGUCUGCCCCUCAAGGACGUUCUGGAAGCCGUGAUCCCCGAACUGAACAUCGGCUGUCUGCGCCUGGCAAUGAAUUCCCCGAAAGUGACCGAGCAGCUCCUCAAACUGGACGAGCAGGGGCUCUUCCGGAAGCACAAGGUGGGAAUUCUGUACUGCAAGGCCGGCCAAAGCUCGGAGGAAGAGAUGUACAACAACGAGAGCGCCGGCCCGGCCUUCGAGGAGUUCCUGUCCCUGCUGGGGGAGAAAGUCUGUCUGAGGGGCUUCAGCAAAUACUCCGCUCAGCUGGAUACCAAGACGGACUCCACCGGCACGCACUCCUUGUACACCAGCUAUCAGGAUUACGAGAUCAUGUUCCACGUGUCCACGCUGCUGCCCUACACGCCAAACAACAGGCAGCAGCUCCUUCGGAAAAGACACAUAGGAAACGACAUCGUGACCGUCAUCUUCCAGGAGCCCGGGGCCCUUCCCUUCACUCCGCAAAACAUCCGCUCGCAUUUCCAGCACGUCUUCAUCAUCGUCAGAGCGCACAACCCGUGCUCGGAGAACGUCUGCUACAGCGUGGCUGUUACCAGAUCCAAAGACGUGCCGCCUUUUGGCCCCCCGAUUCCCAAUGGCGUCACCUUCAGGAAGUCCGAUGUCUUCCGGGACUUUCUUCUGGCCAAAGUCAUCAACGCGGAGAACGCGGCUCACAAGUCAGAUAAGUUCCACACCAUGGCCACCCGGACGAGGCAGGAGUACCUCAAGGAUCUGGCCGAGAACUAUGUCACCAACACGCCUAUCGAUACCACCGGCAAGUUCAACCUCAUCUCCCUGACCUCCAAGAAGAAGGAGAGGACAAAAGCGCGAUCAGGAGCAGAGCUUCAGAGCACUGGCGCCUUAUCCUGGCGAGUGGCCGCUCAAGACUUUGCCCAGGCAGCCGAGACGGAGUGCGCUCUGGGCAUAUCCAACGAGUUUUUGGUCCUGAUUGAGACCGCCACCAAGGAGGUGGUCUUCAACUGUUACUGUGCCGAUGUUAUUGGCUGGACCCCAGAACCUCUCUCCCUCAAGAUCUUCUAUGGGCGAGGGGACCACAUACUAAUACGGACUCUGGAUGGAAGCGGGGAGGACAUCAGGGAAAUUGUACAGAGGCUUAAAAUCAUGACCACGGGAUGCGAGACGGUGGACAUGACCCUGCGCAGGAAUGGGCUGGGCCAGCUGGGCUUCCACGUUAAGUAUGACGGCACCGUGGCCGAGGUGGAGGAUUACGGCUUUGCGUGGCAGGCGGGCCUGAGGCAGGGCAGUAGGCUGGUGGAGAUAUGCAAGGUGGCGGUGGUGACGCUCAGCCACGACCAGAUGAUCGACCUGCUGCGCACGUCCGUCACCGUGAAGGUGGUGAUCAUCCCGCCCCACGAAGACGGCGUCCCCCGGAGGGGGUGGUCCGAAUCCUACGAGCUGAGCUCCAUGGACCGCAAGGACCCCGACAGCGCCGCCUCCGCUUCAAGACCCCCUUUCCGCAGCAACAUCGCGUGGCAGUGGAGCGGCGCGGCCACCCACCACGGCGCCACUCCUUCCCAAAAAUGGGUGACGGCGAACCACGUCCAGUCACUGAACCGGCUGCCCAAGCAGACACCGACGGUACCGGUCCGGGACCCGCAGCCCCCCCACAUCGGCCGCAGGCCGGUGAGCUACCCCGAGACGCCCUACAUAGCCACGUCGCCCACCGCCGCGGACAAGGUCCAGCCGUACCGGCACGCUUCCGGAAGCUUCUCCACUCCUGCGUCCGGUGGGGCCGGCUACAGCCGCUUCAAAGCCCCCCCGGAAAGAUUUGGGACUCCGCAGAGGUCUGCGCAGCCGCUGGAAGCCUACUAUGCCCAAGACGGGAUGUCGAGCGGGGAGAAGUUUUCGGGAGGCGUAGGAAGCCAAGAAAUGACGUUGGACAGGCAGAAGCCAGAGCCGAUGUGGCACAUCCCGGCCCAGCCCCGGACGGGCACCGGCGGCAGCAAGCGGCCGAGUCGGCAGGAGCUGACGGGGAAGAGCUCCCCGCACCGAAACUCCAGGGGUGAAGCCCAUUACUCCAGCCAUUCCAGCAGCAACACCCUGUCCAGCACGGCCUCCAGUAAUCACAGCGACGAGCGCUGGUUCGACCCGGCGGACCCCCCGGACGUCGACCCCGAGCAGCUCUCCAAGGUCACGUCGGCCGACAGCGGCAUCGACACUUCCGUUCCCCACUUCAGCCAGUCCAAGGCGGCCCGUCCGACACCACGGAGGGAGAAGCCCCAAAAACCCGUGGCCUGUUCGACCUACCCCGGCAUGCACGACGGCAGCUCCAGGGACAAGCGGAAGGAGCCGGUCCUCGCCGUCAAGGGAUACCGGCCGAAAAUGUACUCCCCGGGAAACACGGCCGAGGCUUUCAACCAGUCCAGGUCGGGUUCAUCCAAGACCCCAGACGGUUCCCGGGGGCCCCACAUGUCUCAGUCCAGCUCCUUCCAGCUUUCCAGCUCCGUCCCCAAAUCUUUCUUCUCCAGGCAGAACGUAAGAAACAAGAUCCCGGCGGGGUGGAAAAAGCCGGAGGAGACCCCCCCGCAGCGACCAACGACCUUCACAGACUCCACCAAACAAGUCGACAUAAACACCAAGAAUGUAUUUGGCCAGCCGAGACUCCGCGCCUCCCUGCGCGACCUGCGCUCCCCUCGCAAGAACUACAAGUCCACCAUCGAGGAUGAUUUGAAGAGAUUGAUUAUAAUGGACAACUUGGGUCCCGAGCAGGAGCAGGACUGCAUGUCUCCCCAGAAGGCCCUCCAGAGGACGCUGUCCGACGAGAGUCUCUGCAGCGGCCGCCGCGACGCCGGCUUCGCCUGUUCCCCCGGACUCGAGGCGUCCUCGGGGAACGACGGUCUGUUCGGCACUCCGUACCCAUCCAGCACGCUCCCCGCGCGCCGCCAGCUCCCCACCGGCAUGCCGGAAAAGAACGCCAACAUCUCGUCCUCUGAACUGUCUCUCGCGGAGGCGCGCGACUCGAGCGGCCGACACAUCGAUCCGGGGAUGAUGCCCCUGCCGGACACGGCGGCCGGGCUGGAAUGGUCCAGCUUGGUCAGCGCGGCCAAGGCCUACGAAGUGCAGCGAGCCGCCUCUCUCUUCUCCCUGAACGAAGCCGCUCUGAGUACGGAGCUUCGCCCGGCGCAAAGUACCGGCAGCACCGCGCACCUCAGCCUGGAGAGACACCACACGGCGCGCAGCACCCCAACAUCCAGUGACGACGCGCCGGGGGAUCUCACCGGGAAGGUCCUGCAGUUAGAAGUCAUGCUGAAGCAGCUGCACACAGACCUGCAGAAGGAGAAACUGGACAAGGAAGCUCUGCAAGCCGAGGUGGCCAACCUGCGGCAGAACAACCAGCGGCUGCAGGCGGAAUCGCACUCGGCCAGCGAACAGCUGCGGAAAUUUGCCGAAAUCAUCCACAGCUCCGUGGACAAAAAGGACCACUGA